CCCGUCGGCGCCAGCCACGAGCCGGCACCGGCCCAGCCCCGAGCCCGGGACCCCCAAAAUCCUCCCGGGACCCCCCAAAAAUCCCCCCAGGACCCCCCAAAAAUCAUCCCGGACCCCCCCAGCCAUGACGGUCAAGUUGGACUUCGAGGAGUGUCUGAGGGACUCGCCCUGGUUCAGGGCCGCGGUGGAAGAGGCCGAGUCGGACGCGGCCGAGCUCGAGACUCACCUGGAGAAGGUGCUGAAGCUGUGCUCGGCCGUGCUGGAGGCCGGCCGCGUUCUGGAAGGUUCCAGCCGCGCUUUCUCCGCCGGCCUCCGGGAACUCGCGGGGACCCCUCGGGGGGACCCCCUGGUCAGGGAGGCUCUGGAGAAGUUCUGUGACUCCCUGGAGCAGAUGAUGGACAGCCACGAGGAGCUGCGGAGCUGCACCCAGAGCGCCCUGAGGAGGCACCUGCAGCCCCUGCUCCGAGACUCUCUCCGCGCUCUCCGAGCCGCGGGCCGUGAGCGCGCGCGCGCGGCCGAGCUCCUGCAGGGGGCGCUGCAGCACCACGCCGAGGUGCCGCGACGGCGCCCCCUGGAGGCGCAGGAGGCGGCGGCGGCGCUGGGCGGGGCCAGGGGCGUGGCCAGAGCCAGGGGGCUGGACUACAUCCUGCAGCUCAGCGUGGUGCAGGACAGGAAAAAAACAGAAAUUCUGCAAUUUGUCCUGGCGCUGUUGGAGGCUCAGGCCGCGUUUUUCAGCCGCGGCCACCAGGGGGCGACAGCGACCCGCGACUACCGGGGACACCUGGGGGGGCAGCUGGAGCGGGAGCAGCUGGAGGGGGCGCGGCGCCGGCGGGACCUGGAGCAGCGGCACCGGCUCCUGCUGCAGCAGGACCUGUCACAGGAGGAGGUGGGCGUGGCCUCGGGGGAGGCGGGGCCUCGAGCCCCGCCCAUGGAGGGUUACCUGUACAAGAGAGCGAGCAACGCCUUCCGCACCUGGAGCAGGCGCUGGUUCUUCAUCCAGAGCAACCAACUGCUGUACCUGAAACGGGCCCGGGACCCCCCCACGGUGGUGGUUGAGGACCUGAGGCUCUGCACGGUCAAACCCUGCCCCGAGCUCGAGCGCAGGUUCUGCUUCGAGGUCGUCUCCCCGUCCAAGUCCUGCGUGCUGCAGGCGGAUUCGGGGGGGGAGCAGCGGCGCUGGGUGAGCGCGGUGCAGAACGGGAUCGCCUGUGCCUACAGCCAGGGCACCCCAAAAACGCAGCCCCCCAGCUCGAGCUCCCUCCCGGGGUCCCCCCCGAGCCCCCCCCCGGUUUUGGGGGCGAUUUUGGGGCUGGAGGGGAACGGGAGCUGCUGUGACUGCAGAGAGCCCUGCCCCGAGUGGGCCAGCGUCAACCUGGGCAUCACCCUGUGCAUCCAGUGCUCGGGAAUCCACAGGAGCCUCGGGGUUCAUUUCUCCAAGGUUCGCUCGCUCACCCUGGACUCGUGGGAGCCCGAACUGGUCAAGCUGAUGUGCGCCCUGGGGAACCGAGCCCUGAACGGGAUUUACGAGGCGCGGGUGGAGGAGAUGGGGGUGAAGAGACCCCCCCCGGGCUGCUCCCGGGCCCAGCGCGAGAGUUGGAUCCGAGCCAAAUACGUGGAGAAGAAAUUCCAGGGGCGUGGCCGGACCCGCCCCCAGGCCCCGCCCACCCCGAGCAGGCCCCGCCCCCAACCCCGGCCCCGCCUCCCGAGAUGGCCCCCCCCGCCCCCCGAGGCGGCUGAGCCCGAGGGCGCCCCCUGCCUGCACCCCGGGGCUCUGCUGUUCUGGGCCAGCGGCCGGCGCCGUUUGGCCACCAUGGCCGACGCGCUGGCCCACGGCGCCGACCCCGGCUGGGUCAACGCGGCCGAGGGCAACCGGACACCCCUGCUGGAGGCCGUGGCCGCGAAUUCCCUGCUGGCCUGCGAGUUCCUGCUGCAGAACGGAGCCAGCGUCAACCAGAGCGACAGCCACGGGCGGGGCCCGCUGCACCACGCCACCGUGCUGGGACACACGGGCCUGGCCUGCCUGUUCCUGAAGCGAGGGGCCGACGUCAACGCGGUGGACGCGGACGGGAGGGACCCCCUGAGCAUCGCCAUGGACUCGGCCAACGCCGACAUCGUCACCCUGCUGCGAUUGGCCAAGAUGAGAGAGCUGGAGGUGGCCCAGGGACAGAGCGGUGACGACACGUACCUGGACAUUUUCCGGGACAUUUCCCUGCUGGCCUCGGACCACCCCGAGAAGCUCGCCCGCGCCCCUCCCCCCAAGCACUCCACGCUUUAGCCCCGCCCCCCCGGGAGCAGCCGAUGGAAUAAAGGCUCUGCUCGACCUUUGA